UCUACCUCUGCUCUCUUGAUUUCAACUUAUAGUAACAUGGAUUCCACUGCUAUGUUCGUGUUCACUACUUGCUGCAUAGCAGCAAUUCUGGGUAAUGGCUCUUUGGCUUUAGCCGGAGAAGGAUGCUUUAAAACCCCGGUGAUCUUUAACUUUGGGGAUUCAAAUUCUGACACCGGUGGUUAUGCCGCCGCCCACGGCGAGCUUUAUAAAUCCCCGGUCGGCCGUGUAUUUUUCGGCGAUUUCUUUUCCAACCGUUGGUGCGACGGACGUUUGAUCAUCGAUUUCCUUUGUUUCGAGAGCCCAUUGAUGGCAUGUUGUGGGGGUGGUGGCGCACUCUACAAUGCCAAAAUAUGGUGUGGGCAAGGGACCGUGUGCGAUAAAGGGAAGAGAUAUACCAACUGGGAUGGAGUGCACUACACAGACAACGCAAAUGCUGUUGUUGCUGCACAAAUUGCUUCCACUAACUACUCAACUCCCCCACUCAAGUUUAAUUACUUUUGCUCCUAA